AACUAGCUGUCCGCCGACCAGCUUUCCUCCCCGUUUUCCGGUGCCUUGCUUGUGCUCCGUGCUCACUCAAACGCCUCCAAGGCUCGGAGGCCGCGGCGAGGAGGAGGAGGAGGAGCAGCGGCCAGCGGGGGAGGACACGAAAAGUAGCCGGCCUCCCGCCGCCCGAAGCCCGACCGCUCCCGCAAUUGCUGUUGUUUGCUACCCUGCCCCUGCGUGCAGGCGGUUUCGAAUUGCCGUCUGCUACCCACGAAUAAUCCAUGGCCCCGCCUCCGCCUCGGCUUGCCGCCCUCAUCCUCCUAGCCGCGCUGCUGCUGCUGCUGCUGGCAGCCGGCGCCGCGGCAACCGGCGUCUUCCAGGUGCGCCGCAAGUUUCCCGCCGGAGUUGGAGGGGGCGCCAGCGCCAACAUCAGCGCUCUUCGUGUCCACGACGGUCGCCGCCAUGGCCGCCUCCUCGCAGCUGCUGACCUUCCACUCGGCGGUCUCGGCCUCCCAACUGACACCGGGCUCUACUUCACGGAGAUCAAGCUCGGGACGCCGCCCAAGCGCUAUUACGUCCAGGUCGAUACUGGCAGCGACAUCCUCUGGGUUAACUGCAUCUCCUGCGAAAAAUGCCCCCGCAAGAGCGGACUCGGGUUAGACUUGACGUUCUAUGACCCCAAGGCGUCCUCGAGCGGGAGCACGGUGUCCUGCGAUCAGGGAUUCUGUGCGGCCACCUAUGGGGGAAAGCUGCCGGGGUGCACCGCCAAUGUGCCCUGCGAGUACAGCGUCAUGUACGGUGAUGGUAGCUCAACGACUGGGUUCUUCGUUACCGAUGCGCUGCAGUUUGAUCAGGUGACUGGGGAUGGGCAGACACAGCCUGGCAAUGCCACUGUCACGUUCGGGUGUGGUGCUCAGCAAGGUGGGGAUUUGGGAAGCUCCAACCAAGCCCUUGAUGGAAUUCUAGGUUUUGGUCAGGCAAAUACGUCAAUGUUAUCACAGCUAGCUGCUGCUGGUAAAGUGAAGAAGAUAUUUGCUCAUUGCCUGGAUACCAUAAAAGGUGGUGGAAUUUUUGCUAUUGGAAAUGUGGUUCAGCCAAAAGUAAAAACAACACCAUUGGUAGCUGACAUGCCGCACUACAAUGUGAACCUUAAGUCAAUUGAUGUUGGUGGCACUACAUUACAGCUCCCAGCUCAUGUUUUUGAAACAGGAGAGAGAAAGGGCACCAUAAUCGACAGUGGUACUACCUUAACAUACCUUCCAGAAUUGGUUUUCAAAGAAGUAAUGGCCGCGAUAUUUAACAAGCAUCAAGAUAUAGUCUUCCAUAAUGUUCAAGAUUUUAUGUGUUUCCAAUAUCCUGGAAGUGUAGAUGAUGGAUUCCCGACCAUCACCUUCCAUUUUGAGGAUGAUCUUGCACUGCAUGUGUAUCCACAUGAGUACUUUUUCCCAAAUGGGAAUGACAUGUACUGUGUGGGAUUCCAAAAUGGCGCAUUACAAUCAAAAGAUGGAAAGGACAUUGUGCUUAUGGGAGACCUUGUACUUUCAAACAAGUUGGUUAUCUAUGACUUGGAAAAUCAGGUCAUUGGGUGGACUGACUACAACUGUUCGUCGAGCAUUAAAAUUGAGGACGACAAGACAGGCACACCAUACACUGUCAAUUCACAUGACAUCUCCUCUGGAUGGAAAUACCACUGGCACAAGUCCCUGGUUCUGUUGUUGGUAACAAUGGUGUGCGGCAAUUUAAUACGCUAACUCUAUUGUACAACACGAACACUGACCGAAAUUCAUUUGAUUCGUAUUCUUUUCACAAAAAGGAAAUCUAGGGCUUUAGGCUGUGUUCUCUGACCAAGGAAAACAAUGAAAACAAAAACUUUGUAUGCCAUACAAUGAGCCUAUGUGUGGCUAGUGUAAUGCUGAGCUGAGGAAUAUAUGGCCGCACGUAACUUGAGUUUCCCGUAAAAAAAAAGUUAUGUGUGUAAAAUAAGAAUCUCCUUUGUUUGCAGUACAGCAAUCUUCUGACAUUUCUUUGAGAAAUGAGUGUUGUUUAGUAUGAACUUUUAUUCUGCCGGUUUUUUUUUAUAA